AUGAAGGAAGGAGCGGAACGAGAGAUAAGUGCAUGCAUUCUGCAGCAACCUAUACCUUGGGGCCGUUCGGAGGUGGCGGCCCUGGCGGAGGCUGGUAUACUCGAUCGCCUCCUGCGUUAUAAGCGUGCGGUGGCGACUGCAGCUCGAUGCCCGUUUGUUGUCCGCCAAAGUAACCAUGGGUCUGUGGUUGAGGUGUAUAUUGCGGUGGCGGCUGAUGUUGAUAGUAUGGAUCUCCGUAAUAUGGCUGGUUUGGCGGAGGAGGGCCUGGAGGAGGAGCAAGCCAAGCGGUCCCGGGAUGAGGCCGGAGGCCGCGACUGCGACGACGACGAGCGUUAUAACACCUAUCAAGAGCAAUUAGUUGAGAUUCAUGACCCUAGGUGA